UUAUUGUUUUCAUUCUCUCGCUCUCUCAUUGUCAAGAUGUCUGAGCCACAAGGUGUUGCUGAUCAUGGCACCAAUUCAGGAACACGGCGAAAAGGUGCGGCCACAAAGCGUGCCAUGGCAGUGGCAGCAGCAGCAACGGUGCCUCCAUGUGGGGCAUGCAAGUUCUUGAGGAGGAAGUGCAUCAGCGGCUGCAUCUUUGCGCCCCAUUUUGGCUCCGACCAAGGCGCCGCUCGCUUCGCGGCCGUGCACAAGGUGUUUGGUGCAAGCAACGUGUCGAAACUGUUGUUGCAUAUUCCGGUGAACCGCCGCCAUGAGGCGGUGGUUACCAUAUCCUAUGAGGCACAGGCAAGGCUGUCUGACCCGGUGUAUGGUUGUGUGUCCACCAUUCUUGCUUUGCAACAGCAGGUGGCAUCAUUGCAAGGGGAGCUUUCUAUGGUGCAAAAUCAGCUGAUAAAUUCUAGGUUUGCAUAUGCAAAUGUUCUUCAUCAGUGCACACAACAGCAUCAUCAUCAUCAUCAUCGUGAUAAUAAUCAGCCAAACAUGAUCAAUGUAUCUUUAUUACAACAACCAACAUACUCCAACAAUAAUUCAUCUGCUUCAACCAAUAAUAACCUUGUGAACAUGAACACCUUCAAUAAUAAUAAUAAUAACCAUUCAGGUUUCGAGCUUGCAAUGGAGGCGGCACCAUCAUCACCGCCACACAGCUUUGAGCCUCUUCGGUUGUCACAGGAAAAUAAUGACGAGGAUGAUGAGGAAGAGAGCAUCAUUAUUCCACAACUAUUCAACCAUGAGAUAGUGCUUCACCGUCAAUGACUCUUACCAUUUGUUUUUCUUUUCUUUUUCUCUAGUUUUCGGAUCCAUAUAUAUUAUAAGUAAUAUUAUCAUUCACACUUUCAUAAACGCAGUACAAUGUCAUGAGAACCAAAGAAUCGACGAUAUAUAAGAGAAAUGCAAAAUUAUAAGAUAAAAAAAAUCUUCUAAGAAUCAAUGAUCUUUUUAGACUGUUGGUUAGUGUUUGAUAUUCAAGAAAAUGAAGCAGAGAAUACGAGUUCCGAAAAAAGUUACAAAUAAGAUAAUGCAAAACAAGGGCAAUGCUAUGGUGAUGAUAGGGAAAAACAUCAUCACGCGAAGAGGUGACGUCCAUUGGCAUAGUUAGAGUUAGACAAGUGAUUUUUGUUAGAACUCCAUUAGAUAACCAACAGGAUUCAGUCAACUGGAUCUCGAGAUCUAAAAAAAAUAAUUUCUUUUUCCCUUUUUGAUCCUAAUUUAAAAUUUAGCUUUAACCUUUUCACUA